AUGCUAAAGAUAUAUGCCUUACUCUGCACUUUGCUGCUUGUCUCUGCGAUUACCGCUGAAGACCCCAUCGUUGAGCUCUCUUUAGGUAAAAUCCAAGGCAGCACCUUGGAGAGCUUCCAAGGAAACACAAUAUACGCCUUUAGGGGUAUCCGAUAUGCCCAGGCUCCUGUAGGACAACUAAGGUUCUCCAAUCCAUUACCAGAAACAAGUUGGGGUGAUGAGGUUUUAAAGGCCACAACCGACUCUCUGGUGUGUCCACAACCAGGUAUUGCUCUCUUCAUGAGCGAGGAUUGCCUGAAGCUAAACGUCUUCACCAAGAACCUCGAGGAUCAACUACCCGUGAUCGUUUACAUCCACGGAGGAGCCAAUGUCCUUGGCAGUGGUCACAGUAUCUACGAGGCAGGUCCUCAGUACUUACUCGAUCACAAUGUGGUUUUCGUGGCCUUUAACUAUCGCCUGGGAGCUCUGGGAUUCCUAAGUCCCAACAGCAGCGAGACGAGGGGAAACUUUGGCUAUCUUGACCAGGUGAUGGCCCUGCAAUGGGUCAGAGAUCACAUAAGUCACUUUGGCGGUGACCCAGAAAAGGUGACCUUGCUGGGCAUGAGUGCGGGUUCAAUGGCUGUAAGUCUACACCUGGCUUCGCCUCUUUCUGCAGGACUCUUUCACCGGGCCAUCCUGAUGAGUGGGUCAGCCACCAAUCACUAUGCCAUCGAUAAUCUUUUCUGGACACGAAAACUGGCCAGGGAACUGGGCUGUCCCAUGUACGAUCCCUCGGAUUUGGUGGAAUGCCUGAGGAAUGAGAACUGGACCCGGAUUGUGGAGAUAUGCAAGGCGUGGGAAACGUAUCAGUUUGUGAAUAUGAAGUGGAACUAUGAGAUCGAUGGUCACUUUCUGUCCCGACAUCCCACGGAACUAAUCGAGGAGGGCAGCUUCAACCGGGUUCCUUUGCUGAUCAGUUACACAGCCAACGAGUUGGAUUAUACAGCAAAUGUUCACCUGGAGAAUGAACCUCUGCUUCAUGAUCUUGGCUCCAACUUUGUGGAGUAUGCCCCAGAGCUCUUCCUGUACAACCAAAAUGUGAGCAUCAGUCAGCGACUCAAGGACUUUUAUCUGGGAGAAAAUGUAACCAGGAUUAGUGAACAGAAUAUAAAGAACUUUGGUGAGAUAUUCUCCGAUGCCAUUAUAGGACAUGGUGUCCAUCGUCUUGUUGACCUGGCCAGGCACUACACUCCGGUGUUCCACCUGCGCACUGACUAUGUGGGAGAGCGUAGUCUAUCGGCUGACUUGGAUGAGAAUAAGAAACCCCUGGGAGUGGGCCAUGCCGAUGAUCUGCAGUAUGUAAUGCCGGGAUUGUGGUAUGGCACUCUCCUACCAGAAGGACAUCCUGAUAUCUUUAUGAUGCAAAGAUUAACCAGCUGGUUUGCACACUUUGCCAAAGCGGGGACACCCCUAAACACCACCGAUAACUGGCCUGCCUGCAACUCCACGGACCUGAAGAUGCUCUUCAAUGGGGUGGUGACCCAGGUGGGCUUGCCGGGCUAUGCCGAUCGAUAUGCCGUCUGGGAUGAACUAUUUCCCACGCCACCCCGGAGCGGAGGCGCUCCCUGGCAGGUCAGCCUUGCGGCUAUUUUGGCCGCUGGUGUUAUGGGGAUAUUAAUGUAG